GGGGCGGGGGGGGAGGCACUUGACACCGGCCGGGAGAGGAGGGGCCGCUGUCCCUGCGGCCAGUGCUGGAUGCGGGGACUCAGCGCAGGAGCCGCGCCAGGCAGAGACAUCUACAUCGGGGGCCCAACCCCAAAGGCAUACUGAGGCAGCGCUCAUCACAGGCUUGACAUCAGGAUCUAUGUAGAAGUUUUAACUUUUGCUUACAAAGACCACGAUAAUUCCUUCCUGAAGCCCGGCAGCCCGGCAGUCCGGCAGCCUCGCAGCCCCAGCCUGCCUCCCACCGCCCAGCUGCCCAAAAUGCCCUCCAGCGGCCCCGGGGACAACAGCAGCUCUGCUCCUGAGCGGGAGGAAGACCGGAAGGAAGAAGAGCAGGAGGAGAAUCGUGGCAAAGAGGAACGCCAGGAGCCCAGUGCCACGGCCCGGAAGGUGGGGAGGCCUGGCCGGAAGCGCAAGCACCCACUGGUGGAAAGCAGCGACACACCCAAGGACCCUGCUGUGACCUCCAAGUCCCCACCCAUGGCCCAGGACUCAGGCUCUUCAGAGCUGUUACCCAAUGGAGACUUGGAGAAGCGGAGUGAGCCCCAGCCUGAGGAGGGGAGUCCUGCUGCAGGGCAAAAAGGUGGGGCCCCAGCUGAGGGAGAGGGUGCAGCUGAGACCCCACCAGAGUCCUCCAGAGCUGUGGAGAAUGGCUGCUGUGUACCCAAGGAGGGCCGAGGAGCCUCUGCAGAGGAAGGUAAAGAACAGAAGGAGACCAACAUCGAAUCCAUGAAAAUGGAGGGCUCCCGGGGCCGACUCCGUGGUGGCUUGGGUUGGGAGUCCAGCCUCCGCCAGCGGCCCAUGCCAAGGCUCACCUUCCAGGCGGGGGAUCCCUACUACAUCAGCAAACGCAAGCGGGAUGAGUGGCUGGCACGCUGGAAAAGGGAGGCUGAGAAGAAAGCCAAGGUAAUUGCAGUAAUGAAUGCUGUGGAAGAGAACCAGGGCUCUGGGGAGCCUCAGAAGGUGGAGGAGGCCAGCCCUCCUACUGUGCAGCAGCCUACAGACCCUGCAUCCCCUACUGUGGCCACCACACCUGAGCCUGUGGGGGCUGAUGCUGGGGACAAGAAUGCCACCAAAGCAGCUGAUGAUGAGCCAGAGUAUGAGGACGGCCGGGGUUUUGGCAUUGGGGAGCUGGUGUGGGGGAAACUGCGAGGCUUCUCCUGGUGGCCAGGCCGAAUUGUGUCUUGGUGGAUGACGGGCCGGAGCCGAGCAGCUGAAGGCACCCGCUGGGUCAUGUGGUUUGGCGACGGCAAGUUCUCAGUGGUGUGUGUGGAGAAGCUGAUGCCCCUGAGCUCCUUCUGCAGUGCAUUCCACCAGGCAACCUACAACAAGCAGCCCAUGUACCGCAAAGCCAUCUAUGAAGUACUCCAGGUGGCCAGCAGCCGUGCAGGGAAGCUGUUCCCGGCCUGUCAUGACAGUGAUGAAAGUGACACUGGCAAGGCUGUGGAGGUGCAGAACAAGCAGAUGAUCGAAUGGGCCCUUGGGGGGUUCCAGCCCUCUGGUCCCAAGGGCCUGGAGCCACCAGAAGAAGAGAAGAAUCCCUAUAAGGAAGUUUACACAGACAUGUGGGUUGAGCCUGAGGCAGCUGCCUAUGCACCACCCCCACCAGCCAAAAAGCCCAGAAAGAGCACAACUGAGAAGCCCAAGGUCAAGGAGAUUAUCGAUGAACGCACAAGAGAGCGGCUGGUGUACGAGGUGCGGCAGAAGUGCCGAAACAUCGAAGACAUUUGUAUCUCAUGUGGAAGCCUCAACGUCACCCUGGAGCACCCACUUUUUAUUGGUGGAAUGUGCCAGAACUGCAAGAACUGCUUCUUGGAGUGUGCCUACCAAUAUGAUGAUGAUGGGUACCAGUCCUAUUGCACCAUCUGCUGUGGGGGCCGUGAGGUGCUCAUGUGCGGGAACAACAACUGCUGCAGGUGCUUUUGUGUUGAGUGUGUAGAUCUCUUGGUGGGGCCAGGAGCUGCCCAAGCAGCCAUUAAGGAAGACCCCUGGAACUGCUACAUGUGUGGGCACAAGGGCACCUAUGGGCUGCUGCGGCGGCGAGAAGACUGGCCUUCUCGGCUCCAGAUGUUCUUCGCCAAUAAUCAUGACCAGGAAUUUGACCCCCCAAAAGUUUACCCACCUGUCCCUGCCGAGAAAAGGAAGCCUAUCCGGGUGCUAUCUCUCUUUGAUGGAAUUGCUACAGGGCUCCUGGUGCUAAAGGACCUGGGCAUCCAAGUGGACCGCUACAUUGCCUCAGAGGUGUGUGAGGACUCCAUCACGGUGGGAAUGGUGCGGCACCAGGGGAAGAUCAUGUACGUCGGGGACGUCCGCAGCGUCACACAGAAGCAUAUCCAGGAGUGGGGCCCAUUUGAUCUGGUGAUUGGGGGCAGUCCCUGCAAUGACCUCUCUAUUGUGAACCCUGCCCGCAAGGGACUUUACGAGGGAACUGGACGGCUCUUCUUUGAGUUCUACCGCCUCCUGCAUGAUGCGCGGCCCAAGGAGGGAGAUGAUCGCCCCUUCUUCUGGCUCUUUGAGAACGUGGUGGCCAUGGGCGUUAGUGACAAGAGGGACAUCUCACGAUUUCUCGAGUCCAACCCUGUGAUGAUUGAUGCCAAAGAAGUGUCAGCUGCACACAGGGCCCGCUACUUCUGGGGCAACCUUCCCGGUAUGAACAGGCCAUUGGCAUCCACUGUGAAUGAUAAGCUGGAGCUGCAGGAGUGUCUGGAACAUGGCAGAAUAGCCAAGUUCAGUAAAGUGAGGACCAUUACCACCAGGUCGAACUCCAUAAAGCAAGGCAAAGACCAGCAUUUCCCUGUCUUCAUGAAUGAGAAGGAGGACAUCCUAUGGUGCACUGAAAUGGAAAGGGUGUUUGGCUUCCCUGUCCACUACACAGACGUCUCCAACAUGAGCCGCUUGGCAAGGCAGAGACUGCUGGGCCGGUCAUGGAGUGUGCCAGUCAUCCGCCACCUCUUCGCUCCGCUGAAGGAAUAUUUUGCUUGUGUGUAAGGGACAUGGGGGCAGACUGAGGUAGUGACACAGAGUUAAACAAACAAACAAAAAACAAAACACAAUAAAACACCAAGAACGUGAGGAUGGAGAGAAGUAUCAGCACCCAGAAGAGAAAAAGGAAUUUAAAACAAAAACCACAGAGGCGGAAAUACCGGAGGGCCUUGCCUUGUGAAAGGGUUGGACAUCAUCUCCUGAUUUUUCAAUGUUAACCUUCAGUCCUAUUUAAAAAGCAAAAA